CUCCAUUUUGGCCGCUGGUGGAGGCGCGGCCAGGACCAGCCGGGUAGCGGAGCGGCGUCUUCAGUGCUUUGAGGGCACGUCGGCUCACCGCUCUCUCUCCCUCUUUCCUCCGCCCGCAGAGGCCGGGGGCGCGCAUGGCGGGCUUGGAGGUGCUGUUCGCGUCGGUGGCGCCGGCCAUCACCUGCGCGCAGGACGCGCUCGUCUGCUUCCUGCACUGGGAGGUGGUGACGCACGGCUACUGCGGCCUGGGCGCCGGCGACCAGCCGGGUCCCAAUGAUAAGAAAUCAGAACUGCUGCCAGCCGAGUGGAACAACAAUAAAGACCUGUAUGUCCUCCGGUAUGAGUCUAAGGAUGGGUCCAGAAAGCUCCUUGUGAAGGCUGUCACCGUGGAGAACAGCAUGAUCAUCAAUGUGCUGGAAUGUGGCUCACAGCAAGUGUCAGACUUGACCCUGAACUUGGAUGAUUAUAUUGAUUCAGAACACCUGGUUGACUUCCACAGGACCUACAAGAACAGUGAGGAGCUUCGGUCUCGUAUUGUGUCUGGAAUCAUCACGCCUAUCCAUGAGCACUGGGAAAAGGCUAGUGUAAGCAGUCCCCCCCAGGAGUUUCCCCCUGCCACUGCCAGAGAGGUGGACCCGCUCCGGAUUCACCCACACCACCCACACACCAGCCGGCAGCCUCCCUGGUCUGAUCCCCUGGGCCCGUUUGCUGUCGGGGGAGAGGACCUAGACCCCUUUGGGUGUCGGAGAGGUGGCAUGAUUGUGGAUCCCCUGAGAUCCGGCUUCCCAAGAGCACUUAUUGACCCGUCGUCGGGCCUCCCAAACCGGCUUCCUCCAGGCGCAGUGCCCCCAGGAGCACGCUUUGACCCCUUUGGACCCAUUGGGACUAGCCCGUCUGGACCUAACCCAGACCAUCUCCCCCCGCCGGGCUACGAUGACAUGUACCUGUGAAGGCCUCAAGAAUGUAACAUCCCAGCCUUCCCUCCAUUCUCCUGGAGCUGCCACCACUGGCCCCAUCAGCAACCGUGUUCUUGUGGGCUGGGGGCAAGGGACUCUGCCCAUGUGUUUGCAGGCUGGCUGGGAUUGCCUCCCCACCCCCUAUCAGAGCCAAGACACCUACUGCAGCUCUCCACCUGGCUGUAUAUAGGUCCCAAAGAGAAAUCAGUGUCUCACUCUUGUCACCAGCUCCUCCCUGCUUCCUAAGGGAGACUCGGCAACAUAUACCCUCGGCCCAAUGCAGUCCCAGCUACAGUGCUAUAAGAACAGAACGCAUUUUGGAUGUUAUUAUUGAGAACCAAAUGUCAAUACAAAAAUCAUGUUGCCAGUC